CACUCCACUUCCCUCCAUCCGAUCCUGCAGUUCCGUGGUUCUACCUAACUGCACUCCUGAUUAGCCCCAGGUGUGUCGUUCCUCGCCGCACCGCUGCAGGGAGCACGGCACAGGUCGCCUGUUGGUGGUCCACUCCCUCAUUUUCCUCCUCCUUUGUUCUUGCUGCCGCUUUUCUACCCGGCAUUUUUCUUUCUCUGCUCUCUACCCUCCCUAACCCUCCACUGCACCCACCACUUCGGUCGGAAGCGAGUCCGCUCAUGCUGCAGCCCGACUGCUCGUUUUGAACGGCUUUUGUCCAUUGGGAUCCAAGCUCUUUCCCUCGUUGAAGUGAAGAAGGACGACAGGUCAAGAAUCCCCCAUUCUUACCCUCCAUCGUCCUGCACUCGACCUCCCUUCCCCAUCGCGUCACCAUGAAUAAUCCCAACGAUUAUUUUGACAACCCGGCCUCGCGUUCCCCUGGUUCGCUCCGCCAUCCGAAUCAGACUCUUCAUCGGCAACCAUCUCGUCAGUUUGAUGCGUACGGCCAAGCCGCGGCCACGUAUAUCCCCGAAGACAUGAAUGCGCAACCCUUUGCGCACCGGUUCAAUGAGCGGAUGAAUCCCACGAUGCAGCCCGGUUAUUACGACCUGGUGGACAACCAGACCUGGAACGGAGUCUUUCCUUCGUCCGGUUCCAUGCCUGCGAUCAACUCGCGAAGAAACCCCCCCAUGCAUCGAGGCGGCCGAGCCGGACUUCCAACAACAUGGAUGGAAGGAUCGGGCAUCGGAGCACCCAUUCCCAAUUUUGGCGGUGUUGGAAAUCCACCGCUCUCGAUGGCUCAACGCCCGAAUAGCGACAUGAAUCUCGGUUCCAAUGACGAUGAACUCAUUCCCACCGCCAUCGUCAUCAAGAACAUUCCGUUUGCCGUGAAAAAGGAACAGCUCGUGCAGCUGAUGACCGACCUUGGCUUGCCGCUUCCGUAUGCGUUCAACUACCACUUCGACAACGGAGUGUUCCGUGGACUGGCGUUUGCCAACUUCACGAACCCCCACGAGACGGCGGCGGUGAUUCAGCACCUGAAUCAUUAUGAACUCCAGGGGCGAAAGUUGCGGGUCGAGUAUAAGAAAAUGCUUCCCAUUGCGGAACGCGAACGGAUCGAGCGCGAGAAGCGAGAACGGAGAGGCCAGCUGGAAGAACAGCAUCGCCCCUUGCCCGCUGGGCAACUCCAUAACCAAUCCUCCUUGUCCUCUCUCGGAGGAGGACACCUGCCGACCACAUCUCCAUCACCUGUGAACCAACGAAAUCUCGUGCAUGACGUGGAUAUGAAUGACCCUACCGUGCUUCGAUACUACUCACAAAUUUUGCUGUUCAAAGAGGACCUCAGCCGAGACACAAUCUCAUUCUCCCCUCAACUAGCUCCGACCGAACGACGUGUGGUUCACACCCUUGCCCACCACAUGGGGCUUUCGCAUAACUCCCAGGGUGAAGGGGACAGCCGCCGGGUGGUCGUCACUCGGGUUGCAUUGGAAAACAUGAAUCGAGGCAACAUGAGCCCUCCAGGACGUCAUUCCGUCGACCCGCGCCGCACGCUGAACCGAGCGGCAACGACCGACUUCACCGAUGUGCGCGCCGGGGAAGGAUUCUACAACACCAUCGGCCGCCAGUCAUCGGGACUCCUCGGUGGAUAUCCCGACUCUCCUGCCGGCCUCGGACCCGGUCCCAACCUGCGACCGGCCAAGUCGUAUGCGGACUUGCGAUCCUACACCCCAUCCCCCGUUCCGUCCACAGCGAGCUUCCCGAUCAAUCUGAACACCAACCUCCCGCGAUUUUCCAAUGAUCCAUUCACAUCGGCGGUCAACAGCCAGACCUCCAUGACGCCUACGGCCGGGGGUCGCGACGACCUGGUCAACGGCAUGGGAAGCAUGACGCUGACCUCGUCGACCCUGGCUCCCAGUGGAAGCCCUCGCCGAGGCAUUCUGGGGUGGAACAACGAUGGAGCCAACCCGGGACCGAUCGGCGGACACCGAGCGUUCAGCACGAACUUUGACGCCAGCGAGGGCCCCCGGGACCGUGGGGCGAUGAUCCCGGCCCGACAACCACGUGGACCGGUCCCGGAACGUGGCUCAGGCUACGGCAACCGUCCGCGACAGAACGGUCAUGUCGGACGCGGCAGCGAUGAGCUCUCGAACCAGAGCGGAAAGGAGAUUGCCGUGGAGUAAGGGGACUCGACGGCCGCUUUCUGAUCUGAGGACGUGAUUUCGACCUUCAAAGCGAUGACUCGAUAUCUAUUGAUACCCCUUCCCACGC